UAACUCAUAGUUUUAACAGAGUCCCUCGUCCUUUACAUGAAACAUUAUAUUCAAGAAGAACAAAAACACAUUUCAGGGGUGCCCAGAGAGUUAAUGGCCAAAGCUUAUAUUCCAGGCAGCAUAGAACCAAGAUCGUCACACUACUUACUGUCAACCGCAAAGGCGGCAGAUCCUAUAGGAGUGGCAAAGUCACCAGAGUUGUUGCAAUGGCUUUUGACUUCAAAACAGCAAUGCAAUCUCUUGGACUUUUAUUAUCUUUCCUGGGAUGGGUUUUGUCCAUUAUGACAACUUACUUGCCACUCUGGAAGAACCUCAACCUGGACUUAAAUGAGAUGGAACACUGGACCCUGGGACUCUGGCAGACUUGUGUCGUCCAGGAGGAAGUGGGCACUCAGUGCAAGGGCUUCGACUCUUUCCUGGCUUUGCCUGCUGAACUCCGGAUCGCCAGGAUUUUCAUGUUUCUGUGCAACGGGCUGGGGUUCCUGGGCCUGCUGGUCUCGGGGUCUGGCCUGGACUGCUUGAGAAUCGGAGAGAGACAGCAAGAGCUCAAGAAGCGCCUGCUCGUCCUGGGGGGAAUCCUGUUCUGGACGUCAGGCAUCACAGCCCUGGUGCCGGUCUCGUGGGUGGCCCACGUGACGGUCCAGGAGUUCUGGGAUGAGACCCUUCCAGAGAUUGUGCCCCGGUGGGAGUUUGGGGAGGCCCUGUUCCUGGGCUGGGGUGCUGGCUUCUCCCUCCUCGUGGGAGGGUGUCUGCUUCACUGUGCAGCCUGCCCCGCCCGGGCUCCGCUUGCGGCUGGCCACUACGCGGCGGCAGACGUGCAGACUCAGUGUCCACACCUGGAAGACGGAACUGCAGAUCCCAAAGUGUAAGCCGUGGAUGAGACCAGAGCGAUGUAUCCCAUUAACCCCAAAGACACGAGGAGGUCUCUGGUUACGUGAAUCUGCGCAGCUCACAUUUUCCCACUCAAUAACUAUUUCUCUCUAUUAGACUCCCUCCUCCCCACUCUGGAGAAUAAUCAGGGACCUCUUGUAUCUAAAAGAGAAUCGUUAUGGUAAGCAUUCCAUAGGUCUGAGUGAAGAAAUGUUUCACUGACCUGGUUAUUAAAUCAAUCCGUGGUGGUGGGUGUCUAUGAACGUGACUCUUAAGCUUUAACCUGUUCUUUUUUGUAUCAGAAAGCCUUUUCUGUUUAGUUGCUUUUGUUGGCAAGUGGAAAUGGUAACUAGUUUCUGUUUCCUAGAGGAAGAAAAACCAGCAAUCUGAAAUCCUUUGAAGUUUCUGCAUAAGUGAAACCACAUGCAAAACCAGUGC